GCCAUGCGUAUCCCCCAUAUCAACACAGACGUCGCUCAACAGCAGCCACAGCAGCCACAGAACUCGUUCGCACAGCCGCCGGGCUGGGGCUCCCAUAUCACCUAUCCCGCUGGUGCCGUCGUAGGCUACAACGGAACAAUCUGGCGAUGCGAGAGCACCCACACAAGCGGUCAAGAGCCCUCUGGUGCUCCUACUCAAAACUUGCAUCUGUGGACGCCCAUUGGAGCCAAUGGAUCAUGUUCCAACUAUAAUGCUCCCCCACCAUCCUAUGGGACACCUUCGCAACAGGCUAGUGGCGUCCCUUCCUACCAGGCUGCUGUAGGUUCUACUCACGCACCCCAGUAUCCCGCCAUUGGUGAGAAGCCUGCCUCUGGGUCUUCUUAUCCCAAUGAGAAGACGUCUGGACAGGCACCGGGACUCUCCAAGCUGGCCGAUGAUGCGGCGCGCCGUCUUGCCAUCUAUGAAGAAGGUCGACGUGUGGGAAACAAGGACGAGUUGAAAAAGGAAGUGGGAGGAUCGAGCCUGUUCCGUGUCGGCGGUGUCGGUAUAUGGUCAUACAGCACGGAUCAGAAGGAGGAACGGGUCAAGGAAAAAGUCUGGAAAGAGUGGUCCGAGAAGCACUCGAGAGAUGAUUGGCUGCAAGUUGCGCGUGAAAGGACCAGAUUCUAUAUCGACAAUGGUGCUCUGAACGGCGAUCCGGGUCCGCAAAAUGUCCGACCGUUGUUCACUUGGAAGCUGGUCGAACCUGGGCAGCGACUACCUCCCGAUGCUCUCCCAAUCGGCAACGAGAGAGACGGUUCCGUUCUUUACUCGGCGCGGACAUGGCAUCAAGGUGGCCUUCACCUAGGAAAAGCUGGUCACCACAUCAAUAACGGUGCAUCCAUCUCGUACGGCGGCGGUGAGAUCACCCACAACACGUACGAGGUUUUCUGUGGCCCCAUCGAUGAGCCCUAUCUCGUCAAGUGGAUGUACUAUCCUCACGGUCAAAGAGUAGUCGUGGAUGGCUGGCAGCCCGUCGAAGGCGGACGGGAGAGGGAUGGAAGAGCGAUCUUUUUGUGUCGAGGCUCUUUCGAGGGGUUAGUCUUUCAUCUCUUGACACUGCUCGCGCUGACCUACUACUCAGGGGCCAACAUCCCGGAAAGUGCAGCACCAUGGACGAUCACUCGUGCGUUGGCUACGGAGGCGGAGAAGUCUGGGUCCGCCCAUUCCAAAUCCUUGCCUACGCCAACCCUAAUCGCUUGUAAUCUUCUACCACGGUAGCACCAUUGACGAUCAGCAUACACGAAAGGAUCACUGUACAUAUUGACUUGUAGCAUUGCAGAUAUACACGACUCACAAAGGCCAGUGCACUCUCGUAUCAUACAUAACAUCUCUCUCAUUAGUGCUAUUGCUCAUGUAUAGAACCAUGUCGGAACCCGCGAUAUUGCAGCCAAGGUUGAGUGGAGUUGACUCGGCCUAU